AUGGAUUUUCCGGAUGCCCCUCAGCUGAGGGAGUGUGCUGUUGUGCUUGAUAAACGGUAAAAAUACUAGGUAUUUCGCUUAACUCUUAGUAGAGAUAUUUUGAAAUACGAGGAGAAACAAAAGAAGAACGCUUUUUUGGAGAGUGUGUCCCUGUGCGAUCUUUCACCUGUUCCGUCCUGCGAUACAUCGGUAAGAACGCGUAGGAAACGGACAGGCAUGGGAAAUAUUAAGUGUUCACGCAAAUGCUGGCUUACGCGUGCAAGGGAGCUCUUUUACGCCCGCUCGUCACGGCUUUCUCGCUGCAGUUUCUUUCACAACCGACGCGAUAAAUGUUACAGUGUUUUCUCUAAGCUUCGGAAACAUUUGGUCGACAAUUUCCGCGCGGGACUGUUGUCAAAAAUAUCAUACAACGAGUGCUACGUCAUGCUAGCGCCGUUGAAUAUAGAUUCCUCCGUCAAUCUCUGUCCAGCAGUGAAACUGGAUAAGGUUGCAGGUGACCCGGAUGCCAACAUUUCUCCCGAUACUUUUGGGCGACCAGACGAAUUUUCGUACGCCAUUAUGUCUGAUUCUAAUUUAUCUAGCGAUAGAAGACCUGUCAGAUCCUCACAUCUCAAUGGCUUUCGCCCCUGUAUGA